AUGAUUAUAAGUUAAAUCAGCAACAUCGAGGAUUGUCCAGAUCCCCUUGAAACAAAUAUAAACAAGAGCUCCAAAGUGCUAUUGUGGGGUAGAAGGACUCAACAUCAAAGUUUUGGAAUAGAAAAUCCUAUUUGGAAAUACAAAGCAUUCAAAAUAAUACUGAUAGUCUCCAGAUUCAUUGCUCUGAUCACUAGACAGAUCACAAAGAGGGAUCUGACUCAUUUUUCAAAGCAAGAAUUCAAUUUAAUUAAUGACAAUGCAUCUCACUAUAAUUAUUACAGAUAUCAAGGACUCCUACCUAAAGAUAGACCCUCUCGCUUCCUGCUCAAAUUAAAUAAUUGGUUUUCCUGCAUACUGUGUAUAUAUAAAAGCAAUUUCAGAAAGUGGCUCUUAAAACCAGAUGAUGCUAUCAUAAUCAUUUGGAAUAUCUAUCUAAUAGUGAUUGUUACUAUAAAUGUGUUUUAUGUUUCUUUGCGUAUUUCCUUUCCAGAAAUUGAAGAAUUUCCAUUGAACAGUAAGGAAUUCAUCUUCGAACAAUUACCUGUUUAUUCAUUUCUCUUGGAUAUCGCAUUGAAAUUCAACACUUGCAUUUACAACAAGGGAAUACUAAUCACAAGCAGAGCAAAGAUAGUCAAAUUCUAUUGCAUUGAAGGCUUUUUUAUUGAUUUGUUUUUGGUUGUUCCUUUCUUUAUAGGUCAACAAUUCAACUUUAGAUACUUUGAUUUUGUGAUAGUUUUGAAAGUAUUCUAGUUGUCAAGUUUAUUCUCAUCUCUGUUUAAUCGUUUGGAGUUGACGAAUAGACAAACGGCAAUAUUCGAUUUAUUCAAGAUGAUAUCUUUUAUGAUAUUAGUAGCCCACUUUUCAGCCUGCAUUUGGCAUAUCAUCGGACAGUGGGGAGAAUGGGGUCAUCAUGAAGGCAAGACUUGGUUGAAGGUUGCCUAAUUGUAGAACGAAUCUUGGUUGGAUAGAUAUGUAGUCUCAUUUUAUUGGAGUAUUGUUACAAUGACAACCAUUGGAUAUGGAGAUAUCAUCCCUGUGAAUUUGACUGAACGUAUCUUUGUAAUCUUUAUGACUAUGAUCUCAUCUGCAACAUUUGCAUAUACUGUCAACAAUAUAGGAGGCAUAUUCCAAGACUUCUCUAAGUAAUCAGUUCAAUUAAAGAAUAACAUGAAUCAAUUAAAUAGAUAUUUAAAAAGCUAGAAUGUGUCUGAUGAUCUUUAAAUCAAGUUUAGAAGAUAUUUUGAAUAUUUGUGGAGCAAACCCUCUUAGAAAGUAAUUUAAUUUGCAGAUUUGAUCCCCAAAAGUUUGAAAGAUCAGAUGAUUGUAGAUGUGAAUGCUAAAAUAAUAAAUCAAUUAUCUUUCUUUAAGAAUUUCAGUUAACCUUUGUUGAAUAAAUUAUGUAUGUAUUUAGAGGAGAGAUAAAUCCAAUCUGACGAUUACCUAUUCAGAAGAAAUAAUAAAUCAACUUAAUUAUUCAUUCUCGUAACAGGGGAGAUAAAACUAGUCGUUACUCUCAAUGAUUAAUCGAGAUUGUUAUAAAAGAUAAACAAUCCCUCUUUUGUUGGGUAAUUGGAUUUCUUCUCAAAAAGAGCCUACUCCUAUGAUGCCAUAGCUUCACAAACAACUAAAGUUCUCCAGAUCUCAAGAGAGUAAUUGCACUUCAUCUUUAAGGAUCAUCCGUUGGAUUAUGAAAUUUUCUAGUAGAUCACAGAUGACAUUGUUCAAAAUUAAAAUUUUAAAGCAAUUCAAAUAAAAUGUAAUAGUUGCCAAAGCGAUUGUCAUUUUACAAAUACUUGUCCCUUGUUAUUUGGAUUACCUAAUAGAAUCAAGACGUUGUACAAUUACAGGAAGUUCACUCCAGUCGACAGAACACCACAGUACCUUAGACAUAACCAUACGAGGAAAAUGUAUGCAUUGAAGCAUCAUUUCAUUGUUUUGGAGAGUGUUCUCAAUUACAUGAUGAAGAAUGAAGAUCUAGUUUAGAUAGAGGAGAUGAAGGAAUUGUAAUAACAACAUGGUAUCCAUUUUGGAAAUCAACCCACUUGUAAUCAGAUGCAAAAUAAUGUCCAGACUAUGGGGAAGUCAUCUUUAUCAUAGAGGGUCUUGGUGUCUUUGGAUGAUUCCUCUCCUAGAACUUUUAGGUUUUGUCAGAAUAAUCAAUUUCUGAAUACAACUGGGGGCAAGAAUCACAGGAAGACUUCAGUAAAUUAUGGAUCUCAGACAGAGUCUCCUGAUGAGGAAGUGCCUGUAAAUGAGAAGGGUGUGAAGAAGGGAGUGAAUGAGUCGUUGUAUGUGAUGAAUGAACAAGGAUGUUAAUAGGUUUUGUAAGUACCCUCAUUACAGAUAAACUAAAUAAUGAGAAGAAAAUCAGUAAAAUUAAAGUUAGAUGAUAGUUCUGAGGAGGAGGACGAUGAUUAGGAAAAGAUUAUGGGAUAAUACAUAGAUAUCUUCUAGCAAUUCGAGAGGGUUUGCGAAUUCAGCAAUUACAAUUCUCACAACAACAUUUCAUUGGUGUUGACCAGAUAUCAAGAAAAGAUGAUGGUGUUCUAGAGAUAGACGAAGAAACGAAAGAGUCGUAGACAAGAAACCUUGUUGCAUCUAUUAAAGUAAGCCUAAGGGAAGUAGAGAUUAUGA